AUGAACUUAACAUUCUUUGACCAAUUCAUAAGCCCUCAAAUCCUUGGAGUUCCAUUAAUUAUUCUAGCCAUACUUACACCAUCAGUCAUCUUUCCAACCCAAAAUAACCGAUGACUAACUAACCGACUUUCAACCUUACAAUUAUGAACAAUAAAUUUAUUCACAAAACAAUUAAUACUACCAAUCAAUAAAACAGGACACAAAUGAUCUAUUAUCUUGACAUCAUUGAUAAUUAUACUAUUAAUAAUCAACCUAUUAGGACUAUUACCGUACACAUUUACCCCAACCACACAACUCUCUAUAAACAUAGGACUAGCCGUCCCAAUAUGAGCGGCCACAGUACUAACAGGCCUACGAAACCAACUAACAACAUCACUAGGACACUUACUACCAGAAGGCACCCCAACCCCACUUACCCCAAUCCUUAUUAUCAUCGAAACAAUCAGCCUAUUUAUCCGACCAUUAGCCUUAGGUGUCCGACUCACAGCCAAUCUAACAGCCGGCCACUUAUUAAUUCAACUUACCUCUACCGCAGCAUUAGCCCUACUACCAACAAUAACAACCUUAUCCAUUCUAACCAUAAUAGUUCUUUUACUAUUAACAAUUUUAGAGUUAGCAGUAGCUAUAAUUCAAGCUUACGUAUUCGUCCUAUUACUUAGCCUCUACCUACAAGAAAACACCUAA